AUGGGGACCCCUGAUGAUGACCUUAGUGAGAACUCUGCUGGGGACUCGAGGAGGGUGAAAUUUGAUCCAUUAACAAUUGAAAGCAAAAAUGUAACAACUUUGGUGUUAAUGAUUAAUUCUCCAGAAGAAUUAAUUUUGGCCAAAACAUGUGAAGCCAUUUAUAAAUUUGCUUUAAAAGGUGAGGAAAAUGAAGCAACCCUCCUUGAACUUGGAGCUGUGGAAAUUAAACUGCUCACCCAUGAAGACAAAAUUGUGAGAAGAAAUGCUACUAUGAUCAUUGGAAUACUGGCUCCUAAUAAUGAUGUUAAAAAAUUGUUACGAGAAUUAGAUGUCAUGAAUUCUGUUACUGCUCGGUUUGCUCCAGAAGAAGUAGUUACCCAUGAGUUUGCUAGUCUUUGCCUAGCAAACAUGUCUGCAGAGUACAUCAGCAAAGUGCAACUACUUGAACACGGUGGAUUAAAGCCUCUCAUCAGAUUGCUGAGCAGCCCAGACCCCGAUUUGAAGAAUUCUACUGAAUGCAUUUACCACUUGCUCCAGGAUUUUCAGUGUCGAGCCACACUUUAAGAACUAAAUGCAAUCCCUUCUAUAUUAGAGCUCUUGAAGUCAGAAUAUCCAAUUAUUCAGUUGUUGGCUCUCAAAGCCUUAGAUGUCAUUACGUAUGCUAAGGGCUCCCAAGCAAUGGUAUAAGACAACCAAGGAAUAGAACACCUUACUAAGAUCCUGGCAACUAAGGAACUGAAUGAUUUUUAUAUAGAACUGCUUUCAGUGAUAGAUUGCCUUGUAUAUACAGAUACUACAGAGCUGAUUCAACAGACAGGGGUUUUUAAGAAACUCUUGGCAUUUGCAGAAACCUUUACAGUUUCUGAUAUUCAGAAGACUGCAGCCUAAGCAAUUACUAUAGCAGCAUAUGAUCCUGAAAGCAGAAAACUUUUUCAUGAACAAGAGUUUGAAAAAUGCCUUGGAGCCCUUUUAGGCUCUGAAAGCGAUGGGACUAAAAUUGCUGCCUCCGCAGCUAUCUCAGCAAUGUGUGAGAGUUCAGGCAGCAAAGAAUUUCUCAGGCAUCAGGGGAUUCCACAGUUGGUUCAGUUGCUAGAAAGCGACAGUGAAGAGGUUAAGGGAGCCGCAGCCCUGGCCCUGGCUAAUCUGGCCGCUUGCAAUCCCGCUAAUGCAGAGUAA